AUGGGACAGGGUGAUGUCAGGAGGAUGAUGCGGCAUGAUUCUCUGGUCCACUGCAUCAAACCGGGGCGCUCCUAUUGGCUGACGGGGAUGCUGCGCCGUGCUCUACGUCAUCUGACCAGCAGCACGUUUAUCUAUCUCGCCGGGUCAACGCUCAACCGAGACAUGAGGCAAUUCUGGGAGGUGAUAAGUGACGAACAUGGCAUCGAUCCCACUGGUAGUUACCAAGGUGACAGUGACCUGCAGCUGGAGAGGAUAAACGUCUACUACAAUGAAGCAUCAGGCAGCAAAUUUGUCCCCCGUGCCAUCCUCGUGGAUCUGGAGCCAGGAACCAUGGAUUCCGUUCGCUCUGGCCCAUUUGGACAGCUUUUCAGGCCUGAUAACUUUGUCUUUGGUCAAAGUGGGGCAGGAAAUAACUGGGCAAAGGGUCACUACACAGAGGGAGCUGAACUGGUGGACUCCGUGUUGGACGUGGUCAGAAAGGAGUCUGAGAACUGCGAUUGCCUGCAGGGCUUUCAGCUUACUCACUCCUUGGGAGGAGGCACCGGUUCAGGGAUGGGCACGUUGCUCAUCAGCAAAAUCCGGGAGGAGUACCCUGACCGCAUCAUGAACACCUUCAGCGUCAUGCCUUCCCCAAAAGUCUCCGAUACCGUGGUGGAGCCUUACAACGCCACCCUCUCUGUUCACCAGCUGGUGGAAAACACAGACGAGACCUUCAGCAUUGACAAUGAGGCCCUGUAUGAUAUCUGCUUCCGCACUUUGAAGCUGACCACGCCAACGUACGGGGACCUGAACCAUCUGGUGUCCGCCACCAUGAGCGGGGUCACCACCUGUCUCCGCUUCCCCGGCCAGCUCAAUGCCGACCUCCGUAAGCUGGCCGUCAACAUGGUGCCCUUCCCCCGCCUGCAUUUCUUCAUGCCGGGCUUUGCUCCUCUCACGAGCCGGGGCAGUCAGCAGUACCGUGCCCUGUCUGUGCCAGAGCUGACGCAGCAAAUGUUCGAUGCCAAAAACAUGAUGGCGGCCUGCGACCCCCGCCACGGACGCUACCUCACAGUGGCGGCCAUCUUUCGCGGACGCAUGUCCAUGAAAGAAGUGGAUGAGCAAAUGCUGAGCGUGCAGAACAAGAACAGCAGCUACUUCGUCGAAUGGAUUCCCAACAAUGUCAAGACGGCCGUUUGUGACAUCCCUCCCCGCGGCCUCAAGAUGUCUGCCACCUUCAUCGGCAACAGCACCGCCAUCCAAGAGCUCUUCAGAAGGAUCUCUGAGCAGUUCACCGCCAUGUUCCGCCGCAAGGCCUUCCUCCACUGGUACACCGGGGAGGGAAUGGAUGAGAUGGAGUUCACUGAGGCUGAGAGCAACAUGAAUGAUCUGGUGUCUGAGUACCAGCAGUACCAAGAUGCCACAGCAGAUGAGAUGGGUGAAUAUGAAGAAGAUGAAAUAGAAGAUGAGGAGGAGGUCCGCCACGAUGUUCGUCACUGA